AGAUUAUAGCGAAAAAAUAAAAUAAAUUAUGGCUUUUUUAGCCCGCAAUUUAGUUGCCUUGACGCGUCAAGCCAGGCUUGUUGAUAAUUUAACACAUUCAAUGAGAUGUUUGAGUGUUACGCCACGAUUUUGUCAACAACCCAAAUUGCAGCUACCCCAAACCACAGCGGAUCUGAAAGAAAUUUCCAAAGAAGAACAAGCGGAAUGUCAGAAAAUAUUCGAUAAAGUAAAUCAGCAAUUGGCCAAAAAGGAAGAAGGUCGCCUUUUCGCUGUCGUCCAUUUGUGUGGUAAACAAUUUAAAGUCACGGCGGGUGAUAUUAUUCUAGUCGAAGGCUAUUGGCCACCAACAAUUGGUGAUGAAAUUCGUUUGGAGAAGGUAAUGUUGGCGGGCGCCAAAGAUUUCACUUUGAUUGGUGCCCCACUGCUAGAACCCGGUUUGGUAGAUGUUAAGGCAACAAUUAUCGAGAAAACACUGACCCACACCAAAACCCAUUUCAAAAAGAAGAGGAGAAAGCAAUAUUUACGUAUCAACUUCCAACGGUCACCCAAUACAAUGAUCCGCAUUAAUUCGAUUGAGGUCAAACAGCAGGUGGAUAAACCCACAGCACAACCCAUUAAUGAGAAUAGAAUCUUCUAA